AUGGUUCCCGCUUCUUUCUGGCGAUUUCGUCUCCAAGAAAUACCUCGGCGUCUUCGUAAUCGCUGUUUCCACACUUCUCCAUGUCCAUACACUCCGAUUUCUUCUCACCGUAUCGCUUCAGCUUCCUCAUCCUCCUCCCUUACGACUAACAAUGACCAGUCCCUCUUCCAUUACUUCGAUCACAUUCUUAGAUCAUGCUUAACAGCUCAGCAAUGUCGACAAGUUCAUGCGCAAGCACUUUUAUCCGAUCUCAUCAACCGUUCCGGUUCAUUAGCCGCGAGUCUCGUAUCGGUUUACUCUCAGUUAGGACUCCUCCUCGACGCCCGUAACGUAUUUGACACAGCCUCGCUUGUUUUGCGCUCCGAUCUGCGUUUGUGGAACUCGAUUCUGAAAGCUAACGUAUCUCACGGAUUACACGAGAACGCGCUUGAGCUCUACAUUGGAAUGCGUGAACGAGGUCUCACAGGAGACGGGUUUAUUAUACCAUUGAUCCUUCGAGCUUGUAGGUACUCGAGUCGUUUUGGUUUGUGCAGAGGUAUCCACAGUCAAGUUAUCCAGACUGGUUUGCAAGAGAAUCUUCACGUGGUGAACGAAUUGCUCUCCUUGUAUCCAAAAUCGGGAAGGAUCGGAGAUGCCUACAAACUGUUCGUCGAAAUGCCUGUGAGAAACAGAAUCUCAUGGAAUGUCAUGAUUGCAGGCUUUUCUCAGGACUACGACUGUGAAAACGCCGUGAAGAUCUUCGAGUGGAUGCAGCGUGAAGAGUUUGUACCAGACGAAGUGACGUGGACUUCGAUUUUGUCUUGCCAUUCUCAAAGCAAGAAGCUUGAAGAUGUUAUUAAGUAUUUUGAUGUGAUGAGGAAGAGUGGGGGUGGAGUUAGCGGCGAAGCUCUUGCUGUUUUCUUCUCUGUGUGUGCGGAGUUAGGAGCGUUUGACGCUGCUGAGAAAGUUCAUGGUUACGUUGUGAAAGGUGGGUUUGGAGAGUGUUUGCCCUCGAAGAACGCGUUGACGUACGUGUACGGGAAGCAAGGGAAAGUGAAAGAAGCAGAGCAGUUGUUCAGGGAGAUAAGGAACAAAGGUAUAGAGAGCUGGAAUGCUUUGAUAAUGUCGUUUGUUGAUGCUGGUAAACUCGACGAGGCUCUUUCGUUGUUUACUGAGUUGGAGGAGUUUGGCAACGUUGUCAAGGCUAAUGUGGUUACUUGGACCUCUGUUAUCAAAGGAUGUAACGUGCAAGGAAGAGGAGACGACUCGCUUGAAUGUUUCCGGCGAAUGCAGUUUUCAAAAGUUUUGGCUAAUUCAGUGACGAUUUGUUGUGUACUGUCGGUUUGUGCGGAGCUUCCAGCUUUGAAUCUUGGGAAAGAGAUUCACGGGCAUGUGAUACGAACCUCGAUGAGCGAUAACAUUCUGGUUCAGAAUGCGUUGGUGAACAUGUACUCGAAAAGCGGGUCGUUGAGUGAAGGGAAUCUAGUGUUUGAAGCAAUUAGGGAUAAGGAUUUGAUCUCGUGGAACUCGAUGAUUAAAGGUUAUGGUAUGCAUGGGUUUGGUGAGAGAGCUCUGAGUAUGUUCGAUCGGAUGGUAGAGUCUGGAGUUCGUCCUGAUGGGAUUGCUUUGGUGGCUGUGCUUUCAGCUUGUAGUCAUGCGGGGCUUGUUGAAAAGGGACGAGAGAUUUUCAACUCGAUGGGGAAAAAGUUCGGGUUAGAGCCUCAACAGGAGCACUAUGCAUGUAUUGUUGACCUCCUUGGUCGUGUUGGGUUUCUGGAAGAAGCUAAUGAGAUUGUGAAGAGCAUGCCUAUGGAGCCGAAAGUCUGUGUGUUGGGAGCUUUGUUGAAUUCUUGCCGGAUGCACAAAAACAUGGACAUCGCAGAGAAGAUAGCGACGCAGCUUUUCAGGCUUGAGCCGGAGAUGACAGGAAGCUAUAUGCUGCUGUCUAACACUUACUCUGCUAGCGGAAGAUGGGAAGAAUCUGCGAAGGUUAGGGCUUUAGCCAAGAGCAAGGAUCUUAAGAAAGUUUCUGGAAGCAGUUGCAUUGUUUUGAAGAAGAAAGUCUACAAGUUCACAUCUGGAUCAACAGUACAGAGUGAGUUUGCGAGUAUCUUCCCGGUUCUUGAGGAUUUGGUUUGUCAUAUGCGGAAGAAAGACCCUACAGACGAUGGGAACGGUUACGAGGAUGAUCUUGAGUUAUGGACAGCGUAA